UGCAGAUUUGCUAAGCUUUCCGUUCAACGGUAAAGCAAAAACCAGGAGGAACUAGCCACACGUACGCCCGCCCGCCCAUGAAGCUGUUCGCCUUCGUGAGGCGCGUGCGCCGGUCGCCGCCGCCGUCGACGUCGACGUCGACCGCGCCGGCCGCCGCGCCCGCGGAGAAGCGGCGGCGGAGGCCGUCCUCGUCGGGUUCGGCGUCGUGGAAGCCGACGCUGGGCGCCAUCUCCGAGGACGCCGCGCUGACUGCGGCGUCGGCGGCGACGACGAAGGUGCAGGCGAAGCCGGCCCCCGCGGCGAAGGCCAAGGCGAGGUCGCCCCGUCGCGCCACUCGGGCGGCGAGCUACGAUGACUUCCGGCACUACGGGCCGCCGACGGUGCUGCCGGCGUUCUCGCCGACGGCGUUCCUGUUCUGAGCUCCGGCGAGCCGCGGGCCCUGCGACGGCGACGGCGCGGAACCGGUGGAGGAGGUAGCUCGUGUCGGUGUGGCUUGAAGACGACGGCUCUGCUUAGUGCUCCCAACCUGACGCUCGCAAAGCUGGUCCCCCCUGUUCCUAGGAUGUGCACACAACAACUCUGCUGUUUCAGAUUCUCCCCCACUUGGGUUGUGCUUUGUGCCUCUCAGUUCCCCCGUAGCCUUUGCCUUUUGGGAUUCGUCUCGGUGUGCUCUAGUGAUCGAGCAGCAAAAUCUGACCCGUGGCCGUUUACUGAAAUC